AUGGAGGAGCCGCCGAGACCUGUUGAAACCGCCUCUGGGCGGAAACCUCUGCUCACAUCAUCUGCACCACAACCUGCCCCGGCCCGGGAUGCUUCACACAGUCGGUGGCUGGCGAAGCGGGAGGUUCUUGGCAGUGAAGCGGAGCUGAAGUUCAACGGGAUAGGAGGCGCACAGCCGUCCCCAGCCUCGCAACGGGCCCUGCAGGUGGGCGCAGCUGCCCCUGGCGAUCCCGUGGCGGAGGAUGCGGACGGCCCUGCCUGCCGGGGCGCUUCUGGCCCUUUCGCUGCCUUUCUGUCUGCUGUACCACACCAAAGCGUUGAGUGUCUCUCAGAAGAAUUCCACUCCUGUGGUCUCAAAACUGAGCCGCGAGGUAAUUCUGUCUUACAACACUGUGAGACCUCUGGCAGUAACUCGACUUGCAAGCCCUGUUCCAACGAUUCAUUCUCUACACACUGGAAUUCUUUCCAUGAGUGUGUUCCCUGCAAAGUCUGCAGACCUCUAGAUCAAGUGACACUAAAGUUGUGUUCCAGAACCAGCAAUGCUGAAUGUGCCUGCAAGGAGGGCGCCUUUUUUUGUUCCCCCAGCCAGCCAUGUGAAACAUGCCAUACCUGCAAACCCAGGUGCCCUGAUGGAGAAGAGAUGGUGCAGCCUUGCACGCCACAAAGUGAUAUACAGUGUGUGCCGAUUACAACAAGCUCACCAACUGUUCCAUCAGGAAAGAGCGAUUCCAAAGCAAUUGUUCCACUGUGGAUACUUUUGGGCAUCAUUCUUCUGAUUAUCCUCGGUUGUGUGAUGUAUAAGUACAGAAAGACUCUCCAGCGCUCCAGUGCUCCAGUUCUCCAGUGCUCCAGAGACCACACAACAGGAACUAAAGCAAACUCGAUCCGCUCAAAGACUCUCCUGUGGCUGCAGACAAAAUUGACUCGUGGACAACCAGAGAGUGGAGACAAUGAAUGGAAUGCACAAGUAGACCUGGCAUCCCAGAGUCACUCUGGCUCCAAUACAACAGGGCAGCCUGAAGAAACCAUUCCUUUGCGAGAGAAGGAAUGCUCAGUACUCAUUGAAGAGGAGAAGGGGAAGCUGGUUCCUGCAAAUGGGAAGGACGCAGAAGAAGCUUUGCGUCAGUCUUUCUUUCUUUUUGUGGAUGAGGUGCCCCUCAACAAGUGGCAUUCCUACAUGUCGGUCCUUGGUUUGACGUACAACGAGAUUGACACGGCAAAAUUAAACUCCCCCGGCGAUGUGGCUGAACAGCACCAUCAGAUGCUUCGGAAAUGGCUGGAUAAAAACGGGAAGAAUGCAUCUUUGGACACUUUACUGAAGACACUCUGUGACCCAACUGUGAAUCUCAAGGGGGUUGAGAUGAGAAUAAGGGAAGCCCUGAUCGAUAGGAAGAUGUAUUAUUACGAAGAAUGAAUCCUAAAAACAGGGCUGCCUGUUUUCCAUCAGCAGUAGUUGCCUGCCUCGGGUUCCUUGGAGAGGGUGUGUCUCUUACAGCCAUUUAAUUCGUUUCUAAUGAUUGGUGCCAGGACCUUGUAGCUGCUGAUACCUGCUGCCCAGUCAGAAAACUGAUUUGCUGAAAAAGUAUUUUUUUCAAGGAAUUGCAAGGGGUAGAGAAUGUAUCCUGGCAGUUUAUGGUAACUGGGUGUUGCCAACCUCAGGGACCCAGAUUCUUGCCACUGGACAGUGAUAAAUCCUUUCCUGGUCCAGAAUAUUCAUAUUCAGUAUGUUUCUCUGGAGAGAAGUUUUGUUAAAAAAUACCUCUUUGUUUGAGUUAAUUGUUUGCACUCUAAAAAUUGUGCCACUCUGAGCCUUUCCAAUGGAAAAUGGCACCCAUUUUUCUUCAUUUUAGAAAGUGAUUUCACUUGUGGUACCUAAAAACCUCUUAUACCUUCUGCAAACAAAGCAUCUUUGGGUAUGUUUGAUUAGAUACUUGGUUCUUUUAGUUUUGUACCAAAGUUGUCUUGGGAGUGGGAACUCUGGACAUUAGUGCUUCCGAAUCCUGCUGCUGUCAGGUAUGAGAAGAAUUUCAGAUAAUUUGAAAAGCUGGAGUGGCAUUUGCUUUUCUUUUGGCAGAGAUGUUAAUGCAUACAUAACUUAUGUGAGAUGAGCAGGUCUGUUUUUCUAGGUGCAUAAUUUUAAAUUCAGCAGUACAGAUUGAACAGAUUAUUAGCCAUAUUGGCAAAUUAUGAGUAGGCUAAAGAGCUGUUUAAAAAAAAAAAAGAAGCAACUCUGCACCUUUCCCCCUCCCCUGCCUUUAGUGAUUGCAACAUUAGUUGCACACAGCUUUUCAAUCUUAUUUUUUCAGUCAUAAUUAAUAGAAAUUUGAUUGAGUAAAAGCACAGAUACUCAGGAAAUGUAGUUUUGCAGUUGAAACAACAUUGCAUUUCUCUACACUCCCAAGGAAUGUUUCCUGAGUUUUUUUUCUGUUUCUACAUGAUUUUUACGCACUUUGGAAGCAGAUAUAAAUCUUUUGGUGCAAAGCUAAAAUCCUAAAAGGGAGAUUUUAGUACUUUUCAUUUUUUAAGUAUUAGAUUUAUUGUGUGUGUGUGUAUGUAUAUAUUUAUUUUGGCGCGUGUUUUUUACUUUGCAUACAUCAUUUUCACUGUAGUAUCAUAGUAUCUGAAUAAGCUUCUGAGGGCUGCAGUUGUGAAGACCCCUUCCUUAGAGUAAGUUCCAAAGUCCAAAGACUUUGCUGGCUGCCAUUGCUGGCUGUUUUGAGAGGCUUGUUGAAUGCUAUUCUUUCUCAGAGCCUUGUUACUUCUCUUCAGUAGGCUUCCAUUUCUAAAACCUGAUUUCUGCUUCUGUCCAGUUCUCUGAAGUGGCUAAAAAGCUAAUGUGGUAGAGUGGAUAGACCUGGACCAAAGAGGCUUGGAUUCAAAUCUCUGUGCAGUACUAAAGAGUACUGAGUGGCACUGUGAUUGAGAGUUUCUUUCUCUGGGUUAUUUUUUAAGAUGUAUCAAGGAACCCCCAUGAAAGAUCACUCUGAGUUUCUCGGAGGAAGGGCAAAAUGCCCUUGACUUGACCAAAAGUUUAUUUCUUAUAGCUGUAUCCAUCCAGUAUGGGCUGUGCACAGAGGCGUAGCUACAAGGGGAACAGGGGUGUGCAUUGCACUGGGUGCGCGCCUGGGGGGGGCGAGGCAGCAAAAAUUUCAGGUUUCUUUUUUGUAUUUUUUUUAGUGUUUUUCGGUUUUAGGCCUACAGGGGACGCAGUUUGUUAGGUUAGAAGCCAAAAUUUCAGGGAGUUUUUGGGGGACUCUCCUGAUAAUACCACCCAAGUUUGGUAAAGUUUGGUUCAGGGGGUCCAAAGUUAUGGACUCCCAUAGG